AAAAACAAGAAGAAAGCUUGGGGAAGAAUUAAAGCAGCGAGACUGUGUAAUUUAUAUAUAUAUAUUUUUCACUCCGAUUUUUUGCAGUUGAAAGAUCUUAAUUAAUCAAAGAUGUCUAGAAGAUAUGAUAGUCGUACAACUAUCUUCUCUCCUGAAGGCCGUCUCUACCAGGUUGAGUAUGCAAUGGAGGCCAUUGGAAACGCAGGAUCUGCCAUUGGGAUCCUCUCAAAAGACGGAGUAGUCUUGGUUGGCGAGAAAAAAGUCACUUCAAAGCUCCUCCAAACCUCAACCUCAACUGAGAAAAUGUACAAGAUUGACGAUCAUGUAGCCGCUGCUGUAGCCGGUAUCAUGUCAGAUGCCAACAUCCUCAUCAACACAGCCCGUGUGCAAGCUCAACGCUACACUUUCUCAUACCAAGAACCAAUGCCCGUUGAGCAACUGGUUCAGUCCCUUUGUGACACUAAACAAGGCUACACCCAAUUUGGUGGUCUCCGUCCCUUUGGGGUCUCAUUUUUAUUUGCUGGGUGGGAUAAGAACUAUGGGUUCCAGCUUUACAUGAGUGACCCGAGUGGCAAUUACGGUGGCUGGAAGGCAGCUGCUAUUGGUGCAAACAAUCAAGCAGCCCAGUCGAUGCUAAAGCAGGACUACAAGGAUGAUAUCAGUAGAGAAGAGGCUGUGCAGUUGGCACUUAAAGUUCUUAGCAAGACAAUGGAUAGUACCAGUCUUACUUCUGAUAAACUUGAACUGGCUGAAGUUUUCUUGUCAUCCACAGGGAAGGUUAAGUACCAGGUUUGCACACCCGAUGCUCUGAGUAAGAUGUUGGUCAAAUAUGGUGUCACCCAGCCUGCUGCAGAAGCGUAGUUGAUUUGCUGUAUGGCUUAAUUCGACUUUGUAUUGUUGGUAAUAGACUUGCAUGUUUUGGAUGAUGUUUUUAAUUUGUAUGGUUGAAUCUUAAUUAUGUUACUCUGGUGGCAAAAACAUAUUGUUAAGUUCCUGUUUCGAUGUUUAAAAGUUUAAGCUUCCAA